AUGGUCAAUGAUUGUAUGGAGUAUGCACAUAAAUGCCAAGCUUAUCAGUUUCACGCCAACUUCAUUCAUCAGCCACCUGAGCCGUUGCAUCCGAAAAUUUCUUUGCACCCAUUCGAUGUCUGGGGAAUGGAUGCAAUCGGACCCAUCACUCCGAAAUCAUCGGCUGGUCAUAUGUACACUCUAGCAGCCACAGAUUCCUUCUCAAAGUGGGCAGAGGCGAUACCGCUCAAAGAAAUAAAGAAAGAAAAUGUUGUGGACUUCAUUACGGGAAGCAUUAUACAACACUAUGGUAUACCACGGUUCAUAAUCACAGACAACGCCAAGUAUUUCUCAAAUACCGCAACAAAAAAGUUGAGCAAGAAAUUUCACUUCAAGCUUCACUUCUCUUCGAUGUACAAUGCUCUGGCAAAUGGUUUGCUAGAAGCAUUCAAUAAAACGCUUUGUAAUAUUCUGAAGAAAACUGUCAGCAAGAAGCAGAGGGAUUGGUACGAGAAAUUGGGCGAAGCUCUCUGGACUUAUAGAACGACGUAUCGGACAACCACAAAUGCUACACCUUAUUCUCUCAUCUAUGGUGUCAAAGCCAUGUUACCAUUAGAGAAAGAAAUUUCGUCAGUGAGAAUAGCUUUGCAAGAAGACUCUGUCUCUGCCAAUUUUUGGGUACUUGUGCCUAUGGCGCAUUUGUGA